AUGAAGAGCAGCGGCGUCUCUUGGAUGGCGACGAAGCAGCGAACACCAGCUGAGUCUUUUGGACACUUUUAUUCUUUUCGUAAUAUUUAAUAUUGAGUUAGAGCUGCUUCUGUGGACGACAUGUGGCGGGAGACGUUAGCUUCGUCAAAAUGAACACAGACUGCGCCAACGAGUCCCGUGUCACUCCAAAGCUAUCACUUGUUUGUCCCACCCGCGUGACGCUAAUGUCCGCAGCCAGGGGUCCCAAACCUUCUGUUGCCCCCAAACCUAUCCUGAAGCUCCAUUCCAGGGAACCCUUCCUUUCAGGUAUCCCAGAGGGAUACGUUAACGGGGGUCUCAAUGGAGGGACAUUUUCUGACCAAGAUGAAGUGUCAUCACAAAGACAAACUUUCAGUGAGAACCAACUUGAUCAGGAAGAAGAGAUACUUCCAAAGACUGAUGAGGACUGGAGACUAACGGACAGUGCCCUCGCGGAGGAAGUAGAUUCCCUGGAUACGCUGUGGACCAGCGAUGACCGGCUCACCAUUGACUCGGAGGACGCGGUGGAGAUGAUUGACACUACAGACGUGACAGAGGACAUGGACGAGGAUGCCGGCGAGGCGCUGGCCGACGCGGAUGGCCUCUCAAUGGGAGACAUUUCCGUAAACAGCGUGGAUGAGGAAAAAGGGGCCAGGAUAGUGAAGAUAGCGCCGAGGCGGGAAGAAUUGGACCACACAGCCGAGUCUCUCAAUGAUGAUGUCCUUAGUGAACCCAGCCAAGAAGCGUCCACUUCAAAUAAUGGAAUCCCCUGUAAGAGCCUCAAGGGUGACCACGAAAAUGGUGAAAAUCCGCAGCUCAGCGCCGUUGAGGAAGACCCUACCAUUCGAAUUGGUGACCACAAGCAGAUCUGUCAUGAAUCAAAGAGGCACAUCGCCUUGGAAGACUAUGAAAGCCACGAGCCUUAUUACGUAUCUCCAGCGGACAUUAUCAGGAAAGAUAUGAUCCCGAAUCAAAAUAAAGCUUGUGGUGUACCAGGUAGUCCACUUUCAUCACCGAGGCAAGGUGGUUUCUCUGCGGAAAAGUACCACAAAAGUAAAGGCCAAAUCGGCUCUGUAGGGUACCAGAGAAGUAGGUCUGUUACAAGUGAAGAGCACAGACUAGAUGCCUUGUUGAAUCGUUUGUAUUCUCAACCCAAAUUCCGUCUGCUCUGCACCUCUGAUAAUUCGUUGACUUCUUCUUUCGUGGGAAAUCAACUGGUUGUACCAGGAAAGCCCGACUUCUUCGGGCACGCUUUGGGCGAUGACGUCAGCGAUACAGACAUCAGUGACGACCACCUUUACGAGGAUCCUGGAGAUGAUCGCUCCGAGUGUGAAAACGUAUUUCCUUUGAGCAGGAGCACAUCGGGAAUAUGCUCUCGCUCCUUGUCGCAUCACAUGAACAGCGAGGUCGGAGGGCGCCUCGUACAUCGACCCAGGUUCGGUCAGAAAGGACCCGUGUUGAGCAAAAGCCCUAUGUUGAAGACCUACCCCAAACCUCACUAUCUGUCCGUGCACACCUCAUCCUCGACGUCCACGCCUGCUUGUGCCCACGGAGACACUGAAGGCUCUCCUUGUGGAAGGUUCUCUGGAUGCACACCUCUUUCAUCCAGUGGCUUGUCUACACCCACGUCUGUAAUGGACAUCCCGCCGCCUUUUGAGCUGGCCUACAUCACCAAGAGACCCAUCGCCAAGAGUUCGCCCUCCCUGCUUAUUGACGUGGACUCCUCCGAGAAAAACCGAAAGAAGAAAUCCUCCAUUAAACGCUUCCUGAUGCUGAAGUUUCGACGGAAAGCGGAGAGCAAGCCCUCCAACCUGUCCUCGUCCGAGUCCUCAACAGAGUCCAGCCACGUGACACCCAGCAGACUGCUGGAUCCGGAAGGACACAGCGUUACGAGUUCCCCGCGGCUCCUCCAUCGCUCCACUUGCCAACCUCAAGCAUCACCUCAGCCAGCGCCUGCCUUCUUGUUCUACCAGGACGCCACAAGAACAGGAAGAUCGGCGGCCUUCCUCAAUCGCAGCGUGGUGCGAGUGGAGUCCUUUGAGGAGCGCUCCCGUGUGCCUUUCACACCGCUGCCUCUUACCAAGCCUCGCUCCAUCUCCUUCCCCAAUGCGGAUACCUCAGAUUAUGAGAAUGUUCCCGCUGUUAAUUCGGACUACGAGAAUGUUCAAGUCCCCCAGUGGAGGCCCGUGCAACCGCGGCCUUUGGGAGACUUCUUUGAGCGCCCCACGCGGAUGCUGUCGUCUGCCAAUGAGACGGAUGGUUACGUUGAUAUGAGUAGCCUCCCUGGCUUUAACGUCAAAGCUAAGUCGUCUGAGCAGGAAGAAGAGAGUGCUUAUACAGAAGCCUACAAAGUGUGUUCACUUGCUGCUGGUCCACAAAGCGACCCUGAUAGUACGGUCAAUGGACCCUCAACAGCUGAUGAAGAUGCCGGACGCACGUCGGAGGAGGAAGACGCAGGUGGCGAAAGCAACUAUGAUAAACAGGUCGACGGUCGAUCCCGAGCUUUUUACAUCGCAAUGGAUCUACUCGACACUGAGAGACUACAUGUGAAAGCACUCAAGCUUCUCCAGGAAGAUUUUCGGGAAGCAGUUGGCACUGCAGCGACGGAUGACGGAGAGCCUGCUUUGGAUGAAAAAAGACUUUGUGAAAUUCUCAAUGAGCUGCCUGAUAUUUACCUUCUGCACCGCACAAUCCUCACCGAACUGGAGAAUCGAACUCGGCAGUGGGAGGAGAGCCAGAAGAUCGCAGACAUCUUCAUCUCCAGGAAGGCGGAGUUCUUGCUCUUUACCACCUACAUCGGCCACUACGACCGAAGUAUGAACCUACUGGAGGAGAGCUGUCGAACCUCAGCUGCAUUUGCGGCCAUCAUCCACCAGUUUGAAGUCAGUACAUCGCUGACACGUAACACGCGAGUCCUUCAUUUUAGCAUGCAUGAAGCAAGGUUCAUAACAGUGGUGCCCAACCACCGGGCCGCAGACUGGUACCGGUCCUGGUAUGUCACUCUUGACGCGGCUGCUGUCGUGAUAGUGGCAGACAUUGCCGACCAGGCAAAUGACAGUUUAAGACACGGGGAGAACUUGCUGCGUCUGGUCAACAUCGAAUAUAGUGUUCAUGGCCAGCGGGACCUACUGCAGCCUGGUCGGGUGUUUGUGAAGGAGGGCACCCUGAUGAAGGUCAGCAGGAGGAGCCGACAGCCUCGUCAUCUGUUUUUGAUGAACGAUAUUUUACUUUACACUUAUCCGCAACAGGAUGGCAAAUACAGAUUGAAGAACACGCUGUCACUCACUGGGUUGAAGGUCAGUAAACCCAUCAUCGAAAAUGUCCAGCAUGCACUGAGGAUGGAGGGAAACGACAUCUCGAUCACCUUGUCUGCAAGCUCCUUCAUUGAAAGAGAGGACUGGUUUUACACGUUGAGCUGCGCUGUGAGUGAACACAACCAAGGAUCUGUGCUGUUCAACAACUGCUCGGGAGAAACCAGAGAUCAUCUGCGUGUAACCUUAGGAGAAAAGCCCCCCACACUUGUUCCAGUGUCUCAAGCGAUGAUGUGUAUGAACUGCACGUCGGACUUCAGCCUGACUCUCCGUAGGCAUCACUGCCACAGCUGUGGGAGGAUUGUUUGUAGGAGCUGCUCCAAGAAUAGAUAUCCGCUCAAGUACAUGAAGGAGCGUAUGGCCAAAGUGUGUGACCACUGCUACAGCGAGCUCAAGAAAAGAGGAGACGACACGUGUGCCCUCCCGGCAAAGAGCAGCCCUCGUGUGAGCCGCUCCACUCGUCCGCUCUCCUCCGUGUUUCAAAGCAUCCACCCUCCAAACAUUUGGAGGCAUCGCAAAGGCAUGCUCACCUUCAACCAGGUGACCGUAUCCGAUGAGGGCUCUAUUAGCGGCAGUCUACACCGCAGUAAGAAGAGCAAGAGGAACUGGAAGAGAUUGUGGUUCCUCCUAAAAGACAAGGUGCUUUACACCUACAGAGGCCAAGAGGAGAAGGUGGCGUCAGAGAGUUUGCCUUUGUUGGGCUUUACGGUGAAGCUACCGGACAACCACCAGGGAGAUGACGACGCCUCCAAUGUUUUCCAGCUUUAUCACAAAAACACUUUGUACUAUACGUUUAAAGCGGAGGACAAUUACACAGCCCAGAGGUGGGUCAACGCCAUGGAGGAAGCCACUGUUUUAUAGGACCAGAUCAUUCCGCUCUUCCAAAAGCAACAACAACAACAAAGUGUGAGCCCAAAAAGGGGGGAAAAAAACUUGAUUAUGUCUGCAAACUGGAACUUCCUCGGCCAAUACUGCAGGAAAGUAUUGAAAAAGACACCAUGUUCUUUGCGAAAGGGGGGAGGGACACUUUUGCCUACUGUUGCAACCUUGCAGCAGGUGUGAUGCUGUGCACCACAUGAUGGGUUGGCCCAGAUACCCGCCAGUCAUGUGACGUGACCUCGAUCUCUAUCAGCCGGCUGAUCAGCACAGUAGCUGACGGCAGAUCAUGGUGGGUUAUUGUCACUUUUUCGACUGGGGUGAGGAAAAUCAAUCAAGAAUGCGCAGCUCUCCUUCCAAGACAUUUUUAGAAAAUUUAAUCUUCACCUUCAUGUUAUUAGUCUUCAUGACUGUAUUAACAAUGACUGGUUUCAUUUAUAUAAAAUGACGCAACUAAAGUCUUGUACUGUAAUAUUUGAUGCCUUUUUUUUUGUUUUUUUGCACUGAUACAAAAUGG